AUGUCUGGUGUACACAGUUGUUCGUAUAAUUUAUGUCUGGCGUACACAGUUGUUGGUAUAUUUGUGUUUGAUAUACACAGUUGUUACUCUGGAAACCAGAACUGGUUCAUUCGGUUUUUUGGUAUUCUGCCCUCCCGACUUUGUCCUUUUUUUCCUGUCACCCUGACUAAUGCUCUUGUGUUUUUCU